GGAAACGAGGGGGCGGCGACCUGGCGGAUGCUGAGCACUGCAAUCCGAGGCCAAGCUAGGCAGCGCGACGGCCUGGCUUAACCCUCCCUUCCCGUGACCUCCGCCGUCCUCCCCGCCCCUCGUCCUCCAGCUGAGCCUGCGGCCGGACGCCUGGCGCCCCUCUCCUAGCCUCCUACACCCGGGCCACCUCCUCCUCCCCCGGAUCAUUUUCCUCCUCCUCCUUUUCUCCUCCCCCGCCUCUUCCGUUUCUCAAGAGAAAGGCUGUAGCCUCCUUCUCGGCUCCUCAUCCCCGGCUUAGGUAAUACGUUUUCCUCCUUACGCCAGCCACCGGCUCCCCAGCCACCAUCUCUCUCCUCCUCGGAUCUGGGGCUGGGGCUGGCUGAGCGGCGCGCGUUCCAUCGCCUCUCCGGAGGGUAGCUGACAGCCCAGAGAGUGGGAGCCGAUUCCACCAGAAGCUGCCACUGAAAACCAAAGUUCAGAAAUGUCAGAGAUCCUCCAGGAACUGCUCCGUGUCUCAGAGAAAGCUGCCAACAUCGCCCGGGCAUGCAGGCAGCAGGAAGCUCUCUUCCAGCUGCUCAUUGAAGAAAAGAAGGAGGGAGAAAAGAACAAGAAGUUCACAGUUGAUUUCAAGACCCUGGCUGAUGUACUGGUGCAGGAAGUUAUAAAACAGAAUAUGGAGAACAAGUUUCCAGGCUUGGAAAAAAAUAUUUUUGGAGAAGAAUCCAAUGAAUUUACUAAUGAUUUGGGGGAAAAGAUUAUCAUAAAGCUGUGUUCGACAGAGGAAGAAACAGCCCAGCUUCUUAGCAAAGUCCUUAAUGGUAACAAAUCAGCAUCUGAAGCACUAGCCAAGGUUGUCCAUCAGGAUGUCACCUUUGCUGAUGCAGCUCUGGAUUCCAUAGUGAUCAACAUUCCACAGGACCUUAUGGGAAUUUGGGUGGAUCCCAUAGAUUCAACUUAUCAGUAUAUUAAAGGUUCUGCUGACAUUCAAUCCAAUCAAGGAAUAUUCCCCUCUGGACUUCAGUGUGUCACUAUUUUAAUUGGUGUCUAUGACAUACACACAGGAGUGCCUCUCAUGGGAGUCAUCAAUCAACCUUUUGUGUCACAAGACCUAAACACUCUCAGGUGGAAAGGACAGUGUUACUGGGGCCUUUCUUACAUGGGGACCAACAUCCAUUCACUUGAGCGGGCCAUCUCUAAAAGAAAUGGCAGUGAAAAGCGAACUGAGAACUCCAACCCGGAGUCAGAGUCCUCCUGGGCUUUUUCAGCAGUCAUCAGCACUAGUGAGAAGGAGACCAUCAAGGCCGCGUUAGCCCGCGUGUGCGGAGAGAGGAUCUUCCGGGCAGCAGGGGCUGGUUACAAGAGCCUCUGUGUUGUCCAAGGCCUCGUUGACAUUUACAUCUUUUCAGAAGACACCACGUUCAAGUGGGACUCUUGUGCUGCUCAUGCCAUCCUGAGGGCCAUGGGCGGGGGAAUAGUGGACAUGAAAGAAUGCUUAGAAAGGCAUCCAGACUCUGGGCUGGAUUUGCCCCAGCUGCUGUACCACCUGGAAAAUGAAGGUGCCACUGGGGUGGAUCGCUGGGCCAACAAGGGAGGACUCAUUGCUUACAGAUCCAGGAAGCGGCUGGAGACGUUCCUGAGCCUCCUUGUCCAAAACCUAGCUCCUUUGGAGACACAGGCAUAGAGGUCUCUGGCCUCAAAGUACAUAUAAGCCAAACUGCAACUGUUAUUUCUAUCUUUUGAAGAUAGUUUUGUCCUAUUGUUGGCUAACAUUCGCCUUCCUCUUUUGAGGAAUAUUUUUCCAUUAUGUGUUCAUAAUGUUAAUUUCAGUAAAUUAAUGACAUUCAUGCAGUAAAUUGAUGUAUGAUAUUCUUACAGUGAAUAUGGUGUUAAUGUUGCUUGAAACUUAUUCAAUAAAAUAUUGAAGAAAGAGGAAAAAUCCUAUUCAAUUCGCAGAACUACUCUAAACCUCUAAGUUAUAGAAGAAUGGUCACUGAAAUAUUAGGGAGAAUACAGGAGGGGUUUGCUUGGGUUUUGUUUCCUGUCUUGAAGGCAAAAUCUGCCUGUGUGGAACAUUCAGAACUGUAAAUUUCCAUAAAUGUAGCAAAAUCCAUGUACUUUCAAAAGUAUCGUUUCUCUUGAGAAGGAAAGGCUAGAGCACUGUGGACCCCCUCCCACCUGCUCAGAGACAGUGAGGGAAUUAGAGAAAAGGAAUUAGAUAGAAAUCCUCACAGUGAGUGGGAGAGAUGCAAUGUGGCAGGGUGCAGAGGAGGGAAGUGUCAUUGAGAGAGAAGAGCAAGGACCAUAGAUGCACAGAGACCCAAGAGAGACAUUUCUGCAUAAGGGAAUGGAGUAGAGAUUUCUAUGACUUUUGUAUAUUUACUACACAAGAGAUAGCUUUGUGUGUACCAGUUCCCAUAUUGAUUAUUCUCUGAUAUGAACAUGAACCGUGGUUAUUAGGUUUUUGUUUUUGUCUAUGUUAGCUGCCCUGCCAACCCUGUAGUGCCUACCAAAGGGAAUCAAUCAAUGAAUCGGCGCUGAUCACUGUGUGCUCUCUGGGGGCCAAAGGAUGUUCCUCCAAAGUUGUUUUUUUUUCUUCUGUCCUAAAUUAAAAAAAAAAAAAAUUGACACUAAUAGUUGCAUAUGUUUAAUAUUGUACAAAAUAAUGUUUUGGAAUAUGCAUACAUCUUGAAAUGACUACAUCAAGCUAUUAAUAUUUGCAUUGUCAUUAUUUUUGUGUGUAUGUUGAGAACACUUAAAAUAUCCUCCAUUAGCAAUUUUCAAAUAUACAAUUCAUUUUUAUUAACUA